GAAGCCAAGCCAGCAUGGUCAGUCCUUUUUUCUAUGAGUCUCUCGUAUACAAGAGGCGAUGAACUCAAACUUUUUUGUGUGAAACAACAACUACUUGCCAAGGCAUGUUGUUCUUUUACGAAUGGUUUUAUCACACGUUGGUCUACUGCCUCGUCUGUUUUUGUCGUCCAGUCGACCAAAUGGCUUUUUCACACACGUGUGGACAUAAACGGAAGAGAAAUGAUAUCUCCGAUAUCGGAGACAUCGUUAAGAAAGCAAGGAAAUUGGACGAAAACACAGGGGAUUCAGAAUUAAAUCUACAGCUUCAGGAAUUUAAGGGCAUUCCGCGUCUGGCACUGUCCUGGGACGAUAUCCAGGAACCUAUCACGCAGAAACAGCUAACCGAAUUAAUUGUGUUUGCUUCCUUGGGAAUGAAACAACCAAGUUGGUGUCACCUGGAUAACCAGAAUAAUGUGUCCGGAGUUAAUGUUACUGUUUUGGAAGGCCUCGGACAACUCCAUUUUUACAAAUAUCACCUGCAAUUCAAAAAUCUCAGAAAGAGGUACAGGAUUAGAUGCAGUUUUCUGAAUUCCCUUGGAGCUUCUCCCUUGCUGUCCGAUAUCUUUAAUACUGAGCUGAGUAUUUCAGAAAGUACUGGUCCAAUACUUGCUGGAAAUGGCCCUGCUCCAAAAAACAACUUCAAGGAAAAUCAGGAAGGACAUCUAAACUGGCACCCGAUUACACACAAAUAUGGUAGAGAAGCACAGGGUCUCACCAGGUACCUGUUAAGCACUGAUGAGAUGGGCAGAAAAGCCUUCCCCUUGAAGGGAGAUCCCGGCUGUGAAUCGUUUUUGUGCACUGAUAGUGAUGAACAUGUCACAGACAGCAGCCCCCUCUAUGGACUUGACUGCGAAAUGUGUGUAACAGAAUGUGGAAAGGAGGUGACGCGUGUCUCCCUGGUGGACAGUGGGGGCUGCUGUGUGUUGGAUGAGCUGGUAAAGCCAGAGAGACGAAUCAUUGACUACUGUACAAGGUAUUCAGGAAUAACAAAAGCGUUGCUGAAACCGGUAACGACAAGGUUGAAGGAUGUCCAGGUCAAGCUGAAAGAAGUUUUGCCCCGAGAUGCAGUGCUUGUUGGCCACUCUCUCGACAAUGACCUGAAGGCUUUGAACAUGAUCCACCCUCAUGUCAUUGACACCUCCCUUCUGUACAGAAGGGCGUCUGGCCAGAGGUUUAAACUGAAGUUUUUGGCAGAAGUUGUAUUGAACAAGAAGAUCCAGUGUGCAGGGAACAAUGGGCACAAUCCUACAGAGGAUGCUCUGGCUGCCUUGCAGUUGGCUCAGUACUUCAUCAACAGAGGCCCCAGAAAGGUUGUCGAGUUAGAUUUGGAUGGAAUAUGGCGAGGAACUUGCACAGUAAAGGAGACCCCACAGAAUGGGUCUAUACACAGUCCAGACCCACCUCAGAGCAAGAUCAGGUUCAGAGAUGCCCUCCAGUUUACAAAUCGGUCAGCAGUUCAUUUCUCCAGAGUGCCAGGGAGUGAUGCGUCACAGACCAGUAAGAAGUUGACGUGCAGCUUGGAUCGAGAGGUCCUGUCCUCAUUCAAAAGGGAGAUACCAUCAUGUUUUUUCAGCCUUGUUGAAUUCUCUUCGUUUGCAGAGAAAACAGAAACCUUGUCAGAUGCCAAGAAAUAUUGCCUUUAUCAGAAGAUGCUCGCCCGCCAAAGAGAGAUGUGCACUGUGUAUGUGGGGCCUUUACCCAAGGACUGUACUGAGAAGUCUGUGAGGAAGCUGUUUCGGCGUUGUGGGCCCAUUCAAUCUCUGAGGCUGACAACCACAACACAGAGAACCCAUGCAGUCAUUGUAUUUGAAUUGCUGGAGGGAGCUUUCUUGGCUGUGAACUCACUCGGUGACCUCAUGCUGGAUGGAUGCUCUGUCCAGGUUCUGAGGCCUGUCAAGGAGUCAACACUGGAUUUGGAGGUUUUUCUGAAGGAACUGGAGAGGGAUUUGCUGGAGGAAAAUGUCAUAUAUGUCUCAGGACUGUCUGAAAAAGACAUCUCUCAGGUUUUCUGCCAGUUUGGUCCCAUCAAGUGCAUGAUCCUGCCCAAGAAACCCCCCUCAGGAAAGCUCAGGAGACACGCUUUCAUAAAGUAUCACAAUGCAGAGAGUGUGGAUGCUGCCUUACGUUCAUCCGCAGAAUCCAAUGGUGGAAAAAUGAAGGUGUGCAAAGCAUUGACUCCGCUUCACCUGUGUUCAUGGACUGGCCAGGCAUAUCAAUCUGUGGACUACAACUCAGGAGAAGGCGAAUCCAUAGAAUCUGAAGAAGGAGAUUGCUCUGUUCAGCAGCUUUGUCAUGAGAGUGAAGUGAAAGACCUGAUGAGAAAACUUGACUGCAAAGUGGGGAAACUGUUCAAGGCUCUCCCGGAUAAGGCACUCAGUAUAAUUCUUCUUCCUGGGCAGACAAGGGCCAGUGGGUUUUUUCCAGGUCUGUGUUUGAUUGGAGUAAAAAAUGAUUCUUCCUUGUGACCAAAGAAGAAUUCCAUGAUUUCAGCAGGAAUGGGACCAUAACUGGCACUAACACGCAUCAGUGCUUUCCUAUUGCAACAACUUAUUUUGGUUUUCAUUAUUUACGCAUUUUACUCAAUCUAACUAACCUAAUUCUGAUCAUAAUAUCCUAAUUCUUUGCACAAUUUUAACUGUAAAAUAAAUUCUGUUUUAUAUCUG